AUGGCCACCACCGCCGCUGCGGCCGCGACCCUACCUAUUCCCCUCGAGCUACGCUUGCGGCUAUCUCGACUGCACGUUCGAUUCAAGAUCCGUGGAAGCGAUGAAGCCGUUUCUGCUCGGGCUGACAGCGUAUAUCAUUUUGAAGAGCUCACCAUCUUCGUCGACCGCUUCCUUCGAGCGACGCAGCCGGCUGUCCACAAGAAUGGGCUGCCGGCACCCGGUGCAUGGGAAUUGUGGUCCGACGGUGUUCCAUUGGACUUGGCUUGCUGGACAUCGGACAUUACGAGAUCCAGCUUGGUGGAGAUAGCCGCGAGUACCUCCUCAAGGAAGACCUCGAUGGAUCUCCUCACCAUUCAUCGACCAACAAUGCCACCUGUCUACAUCGAUGUGCCACAGCCUGCAAUCAUUGGACUCCCGAAACGACCGUACUCUUUUGUGGAUCUUCAUCUUUUCAAACGCGCUGGAAAUGGCAAAAAGCCAAAGGUCCAUUUACUCAGGAAAAUCCAAGUUGUCGCAGAACGGUCCCUCACACUCACGGACUUGCUGCGACACGUGGAGACAUCACCGCCUCCAAUCUAUUCAGCGCUCAUCAGAGAUCGCACAGACGGACUCACCGGAACUGAGAUCACCCCAGGACAAUACGAUAACGCCAUUUCCUCCAUUAUGGACAAGCUUGACCUUGAUGUGGAGAUUGUCUUGAAAUGAUCUCCACCAUUCUCAUCCGGUGGCUGGGAUUUUGGUGACUGUUCGGGCUGGAAAGUAUCAGUCUA